AUGGGUUGUUUUAACAGUAAGAAAGCAGAUACUAGCACUAUUAAAAUAAAAGAUCCAAACACUUUUUUAAAAAGAAAUCAUUCCAAAAACAAGGAAUCUCAGAAAUCCUCUCAAAACUAUUUCGUAGAAUGCUCAAAUAAACAUAAGGUAAACCAUGGAAACACUUCACAAAUUCAUAACUCUAAAACAAAAAAGGAAGAAGAAAUCAAAAAGCUACCUGAUAAUAAACCUCUAGUAAACACUGGUUCAAGCACAAGAAGAAACGAUGCAGAAAGAGAAAUUGAGCUCAAAAAUAAACAAAUUAACAAAAAAGACCUUAACUCAAAAGAGAAAGAGGAGCAAAAAUCAAAUUCGAAGAAUGUGCAACCAACAGUACCGAAAUGAAUGAGUACAGAAGCUCCUUCUAAGAAUAUCAAACCACUGAAUCCAGAUCUCCCAAAGAAACUCUUAGACGUUAUCUUAUGAGGCAAUAAAGAUAAUGGACCUGGGUUAUUGGCCAAGAUUCAAGAAAUUGAGUUAGAUAAUAUAAGUAGUCUGUCAAUACUCAAAGGGCAAUACUUCUCUAUAUUUGAAUUGAAGAAACUCCUUUCAGCAAUAAACCCAGAGACUAUGAAGUAUUUCAUGCUUGACUACCACUCGAGUUUUACUAAGAUAUUGAGACAUUGUAAACAGGUCUUCACUAAUGUAAAGGAUGUGGUUCAUCUGAAUAACCUCAAAAUUACUCUAUCUGAUUUUGAAGCUAUCCUUGAGUACUGAAAAUAAUGCAAAGACGAUAGUUUUUGAAAACUGAGAGCUUAUCAAAAAUCCUUGUAACAAGCAUAAGCUACCUCUUUCUCAAAGUUCAGAUACUCAGAAGUUGGUAUUUAGUAAUUGAUUUGGAAAUGAUCAUGAAGCUUUGGAGGAAGCUUUUGGUAUUAUUAAGAAAAUAUAGUUCUCAGAACAAAAAUAGACAUAGACUUUUAUGUCUCAGAACAAACGUAUGAGAAUGACCAAGAGGACAUCAAAGAUCUUGAAGAAAUCAUAAAGAGAGAAAACCAACUGAGAAAAUCCAAAUUCAUAAUGCAGUUUAAAGAUUCAGAAAUAAGAACUGAGGAAGAUGGUACUAUUAAAAGUUUUUACGGUGCAAAUAGCAUAAAGCACGGUUAUUGUGAAGAAAAGAUCAACAGUAAUACUAUUGAAGCAAUUUAUGUUAAUGGAAAAUACCAUGGUUAUGUCAGAACUCUUGAUCAAGCAGGUAAAGUCAUCAGCCAAUAUUAUUAUUGCCAAGGCAAAGCUCAUGGGCUCGCAAUAAAUGAUGAUACAAUUUCUUUGUUCUGUCAAGGAGCUCAUACUUGUACUUUUGGUGAAGAAGAAUCCAAGAAAAUUUUAUCAGGAGAUCAAUUUUGGAAAAAUUCAAUGAAUUCUUCAGAGCAAUAUUCUCUUCAGUUUCUUCCUCAAUCCUUAGACUCAAAGAACCCUCCUGAAGAAUUUAUGACUCUAAAGAAAGAAGCCGAAAGAAUUAAAGCCCUAUCUCCUCAAAACAGUGCCUCAAAAUGGGUGUUUUCAUUCCCAAAAUUCACCCUAGACUCGUUUAAACAAAAUAUCACCCCAAUCCUAUCCUCCUCCAACCCCCCAAAAACCUCUUCGCCCUCUCCCUCCCCCAACCCAACCCUCUUCCAAAACCAAAAAUCCACAAUAGAAGACCUAUUCAGCUCAUGCCGCCUCGACCAAGGCAGCCUGAACGUAAAGGAGCCUGCCCAGAGACUUCCUCCCUUCAUUAUUGAAUAAUUUGUAGUUCAAGAU